AUGUCGAACGUGGAGAACGUGUGCCCGCAGGUGCUGCGCGGCGUGUUGCGGGAGGUGCGCCGGUUGGCCGCCGACCCGCCCGCCGGCAUCAAGGUGGUGCUGCGCGACAACGACCUCACCGACGUCAUCGCCCUCAUCGAUGGACCGGCCGACACGCCGUACUUCGGCGGCGUGUUCCGCGUGCGGCUGGCGCUGGGGCGCGAGUUCCCCUCUGCGCCGCCGCGCGCCUUCUUCCUCACCAAGAUCUUCCACCCCAACGUGUCGGCGGCGGGCGAGGUGUGCGUCAACACGCUGAAGCGCGACUGGCGGCCCGAGCUGGGGCUGGCGCACGCGCUGCUGGCCGUGCGCUGCCUGCUCAUCGCGCCCAACGCCGACUCGGCGCUCAACGCCGACGCCGCCGCGCUGCUGCGCGACCGCUACGACGCCUACUUCGCGCGCGCCAAGCUCUUCACCGACAUCCACGCGCGCGCCGACCGCCGCGCCCCCUCCGCCUCCUCGCCCCCCUCCGCCCCCUCCGCUGCCUCGUCGCCCCCCUCCGCCCCCUCCGCCUCGUCGCCCCCCUCCGCCGCCUCCGCCGCCUCGUCGCCCCCCUCCGCCACCUCCCCCUCCCCCCCGCCCCGCCAGGGCCCGCGCGCCAAGCGCGAGCGCCGCGCGGCCGGCCUGCGCGAGCGCCGCCGCAUCCUGAAGCGCUUG